CCAGUCUCCCAGUAAUCUCAUAUCCAAUCUUUCGUCUUCUUCACCAUAGCUAUAUAUACACCAUAUAUGCCUCCCUCCAUUAAGUCCAGAAGUAAGGCAAACAGGUGACAGGUUCACACACAAAAAUAUUAACAAAAUGAGUGGAGCAGGAGAAGGGAAAAUGGUGUGUGUGACCGGAGCUUCGGGUUACAUAGCUUCAUGGCUGGUGAAGCUGCUGCUCGAGCGCGGUUAUACUGUUAAAGGUUCAGUUCGAGAUGCCUAUGAUCCGGAAAGGACACAACAUUUGACAUCACUUGAUGGAGCUAAGGAAAGGCUUCAGUUGUACUCGGCAAACUUACUAGAAGAGGGAUCGUUUGAUGCAAUAGUCGAGGGAUGUGAAGGGGUUUUCCAUACUGCAUCUCCAAUCAAACUUUCAUUCAGCAAUCCAGAGGCAGAACUACUGGAACCUGCAGUACGUGGAACACUGAAUGUGCUGCGGUCAUGUGCAAAUUCUUCUUCUGUCAAAAGAGUAGUUAUAACAUCCUCUAUGGUUGCAGUUUCAGAAAACAGAGAAUUAAAGGAGGAUGUGGUAGUUGAUGAAAGUUGGUUUUCCGAUCCAUCAUACUGUGAGGAGCAAAAGUCUUGGUAUGAACUUUCAAAAACCAUGGCCGAGAAUGCUGCAUGGAAAUUUGCAAAGGAUCAUGGCAUUGACGUGAUUACAAUUCAUCCAGGAUUGGUCAUUGGUCCUCUCUUGCAGCCAUCUGUUAAUUCGAGCGCUGUUUUGUUCCUCAACCUAUUAAAGGGGGUUGAACCAUUUCCUAAGGCAACAUGUAGCUGGGUUGAUGUUAGAGAUGUUGCCUAUGCACAUGUUCUUGCCCUUGAAACCCCUUCUGCAAGUGGAAGAUAUUGUCUGGUUGAAAGAUGUGCAAAUGCCUCUCAGAUCAUCAAGAUUUUGCAUGAGCAUUACCCAACUCACCAAUUUCCUGAUAACAGAAUGUCAAACAAUACCAACCUUAUCAGCCCAAACUACAGAGCCUCCAAUGAGAAGGCAAAAAGGUUGGGAGUUCAAUUCACUCCUUUGGAGGUCAGCCUAAAAGAUGCUGUUGAAUUCUUCAGGGAGAAAAAUUUAGUCAGUAUCUGAGCUAUGGCAUUGAUUUACUAUUGUAUUCAAACUAUUAAAUUAAAUAAACCAGCUAGUUAUCUCAGCUGGCAGGGGUCACCCUGUAUGUUUAUUUGUCCCACCAUAUUUGAGUUAUUAUUCCCACCAUUUAUGUGGAUUUAUUUGUAAUAUAUUUCUCAUAAACUGUGAAACAUGGCGAAAUAGCAGACUAUUUCUUGCA